UUUAAAAUAAAAAAUAAUGCAUCGAGUCAUUUGUUCCCGUAAGAAGGGGAAAACCAGUAUUCUGUUUCAGGAAUUUAAAUUAUUUUUAGCUUGUUUAAAUACAGGGCGUACGUAGACAGUGGGGACAUUUUGAGAGACCACGAAGAUGUCUUCGAUGGGAAAGGAUCCAGUACAACUGAUUCGAGAUUCUCUUUUAUCAUAUUACCUAGGCAAUUCUGAAAUCAUGAAGUCUCUUGAUGCACAUCUCAAUGUUUUAAGAAGUAUAUACCAGGUUUAUAGUUUGGGUAUACGUCUGGAGAAUUUGGACAAAGAGAUACAAGAUUUAAAGAAAACGAUUAGAGAGACAGGGCAUUCCAAACAGGCAAAUGCCGAAAGAGCCAUCGAAAGCCAUCUAGUAAAAUUGCAACAGGAACUGAAGAAUAAACACCCUACUUUGCAAACAACAGACACAGAAUGGUUAAAGAACUUAAGAAGAGAACUACUCUCUACUGGAGUGAACAUCUCUCUCACAGAGUCAGAGAGUGUGUCAGUGCUGAAAAAAGACAUAGAUGCUAUUGUCAGAGAAAUCAAGGGAGGAAGGCAAGAUAGAGACAAAGAAGCAGAUUGGAUUUCAAUGCAACAAAAAAAUUUCCCUGCUUCCCAAUUAGAAAGUUUACGAACAACAUAUGUAGACGAUUUGCAGAAAGGAAAAACGACAGGACAUGAGGAAGAAAACAGUCGACUGCUGAAAAAAGUACAAGCAAUGGGCAUCGAGACAGAAAAUCUCAAAGCGGAAAAUAAAACACUAUCAUCAAAGAUUCAAGAGCAAGAGAUGCAACUUCAUAGAGAAAAAUCAGAAAUCGGUGAUAUCAAGGGCAGGUCUCUAGCUAUGCGUACCAACAAUGCCAAUCACGAGUGUGAACGACUGAAAAGAGAAGUGGAGGGUCUACGACAUUUAAAUACGAAGUUGGUUGGGGAAAAGAACUACUGGAUUACUAGACUUAGUGAAAUCGCAGGGGCCAAAGUCACAGAAGGAAACCCUUCCAUCAAAGACUUGAGUGACCCAAACAGACCGAUCAAACUGGCAGAACGUUUUGGAGAAAUUUAUGACGGACCUUGGACUGAUCUUUUAGAAGAGUGCACAAAACAGGCUAAAAGCAGUGAACAAGGAAACAAACUUGAAAAAGAGGCCAUCACAGAAAUGUUGAUACUCUUAAAAGAUAUUUCAUCUGUUUGUAUCGAUAUGGCAGAACAGAUAAUGAAAGACAUAGGUAAAGCGCUAAGAUUAACAGACGAGAAUAUCAGCUAUGAAUUGAGACAAACGAUGGCUGGCUUGAGGCGACUGGCAUUACAGACAAGUAUUGAAACUUUAAAACAGGAUUGUAUAAACACAUUGAUGAAAAAGAGAAAAUCAACGUUAUUUAAUCUAAAACCAUCCAAACCAUUCAUUGAAUCAUGCACGGAAAUGUGUUGGUUCAUGACGAUGCAACAGCCACCGAUGGUGUUUUAUUUUGGAGGACACAAGAAAAACACACAGUUGGAGAGGGAUUAUUUCCAGUUUUAUACAAAGUCAGGAAGUUUACUAGACUUCGUUGUUUGACCGGCUUUAAAACUGCACGAAAAUGGACCACUGCUACGGAAAGGUGUGGCUGAGCCACUGACAGAAAUGAAGCGAUGAAAGGAAAAGAUAUUCCACAUGUAGCAGGCUAUAUCGAUAGACUUUUGUUGAUAUUCUGAUAUUAUUCAAUAUUUACAGUGGUCCAUUUGACAAGGUAUAAAAUCAAUGACCAGACAGACAACAUGAAUAGUUUUGUUGUUGUUGUAUAUUUGGUACCUGACGAUGUCUAUUUUAUCCUAUUAGAACGUAUCAAUUAUAAUACUGACAUAACAGUGUACAUAUCAACUCAGACAGUCCACAUGUAUGUACUGCAAAUGCUAUAAGGGUGUAUGAAAGUCAUUAGCACAUUUCACAUGGUUUAUUUUUAUCUACAUAUAUGAUAAGUGCAAAUUUGUAUACGAAAGUUGAGAGUUGUGCUUAAUAAUCAAUCAGAUGUCAUUACAACUUGACCACGUUGUACUUAAAUUCAAUAUUUCGCUGCUUCAUAUGCAAGAUUGGCUUAACUACCGUUCUAUAAUUUCCAUAAUAGAUGCACCAUGAAAAAUUAAAAAAUCUCAAUCUAAGAAUUUAACGUAAUGACAAAAUAUGUCAUAAAUAAAUUAUGUUUUAGUGUUAGUUGUGACUUUUGCACAUGAAAUUGUGAUAAUUUUUACACAUAUAAUGGCUGUUCCUACUACAGGCAUAAAAGUUUCCAAGGUGCUUUGAUGCCUAUGAAAAUAAUGUCGAUGUAGAGAUCUCUGUUGAAAUUAUUGAGAUAGUGAGUUUCAAGUGCAAUUUAUAGGUGAAACUUUAAAUGAAGUUUACCUAAUCUCUGGAUUUGAACCGAAGUUAUACUACCACUAUUUCACGAAGCGUCUGCUUUUGCUUCGGUGAGAUUUUCUAACGGAUUUGUCCAUUCUUCGAGCUAAAGUUCACUAAAGUGCUCAGCAACUUUUACUGGUCUGUUAAUCAGUUGUGUUUGAGUUGUUGUCUUUCAAUUUAGCACCCGCAAUGCGGCUGAGUCUGAAAUAAAAGGGAAGACUAUGAACUCGUUUUUAAGAUAUAUCCUGAAUUAGCAGAAAUUGGUUGAAAUGAAGAUUUUUUUCAAUA